AUGACUGAAUUAAGAAAAGUAGAUAACAAGGAACUAUUGCAAGAAUUAAAAUAUCGAAUCAGGGAAAAGAAAUUAGUUAGUGAAGAAUUAUUUAAAUUAUUGGAGAGCGAUGAAAUAAUUACCGAAUACGGACCAGUUUCUAAUGUUUUGCACAUCAAAAUAAAACUAGCAGGUAAAGUAGCCUACAUUUUGCCUGAACAAAUCCGUUCAGUAAGUAAAAAGAGAGUAAAAAGUCGCUUGGGGAAAGUUAGCAAAGAAAUAAUGCAAAAGUUCAUGACUAUAUCAUCAAUCGCAAAAAUCAAAGCCAAAAGAGAGAAAAUAAUUGCUGAAUACGAAAGGGAACAAAAGAAAAGCGGACUAUUAGAAACUGAAUGA